AUGACGGCCGUGGCGAAUCCUCCCUCCUUCCAGCAGAUCAACCGCUCGGCAUGGAAUAUUAACGGCGGCCAAAACCUCAACUCGAUGAACUCCGACGACGUCAGAGGCAUGUUCAUGCCGCGGAAGCCCAUGCAGCGAAGCAACUCUUCCUCUUCCAUCUCUUCGACUUCCUCCGCCUCCUCCACCACCACCGUCGCCACCAACGGCUCGCAGUCGAAUGGAGCGCCGUCGACCAACUCGGACAUGAGCUCGUGGUCAAGCACCGCAUCCCGCAAGCGUCCCCAGCCCAAGGCACCCUGGCCGCCCGGGAAACCAGAAAACCCUGUCGAGCUCGGCAGGAUGCCGGCAGGGCGCGGCCCCAUGAACGGCCACACGAUCAACGGCAGCUCACUGCAGCAGAACCCCGGACAACCUCAGAUGGCACAGCAGCAGAGCCUGGGCGCACGUCCCCUCGGCGAGCCCAUGCCCUCCGGCCAGCCUGUGCUCUUCCUACUCUCUCUCAACGGCACCUUUGAGCGCAAAACCAUUUCCGUACCGUUCUACCCCGACAGCCUCCGUAUCGGCCGCCAGACCAACCAAAAGACGAUCCCGACGCCUGCGAAUGGCUUCUUCGACAGCAAGGUGCUGUCCAGGCAACACGCCGAGGUAUGGGCUGACCGUAUGGGCAAGAUCUUCAUCCGCGACGUCAAGUCGUCAAACGGAACAUUUGUCAACGGCAGCCGCCUCUCCGCCGAGAACCGCGAGUCUGAGCCUCAUGAGCUGCAGACCCAGGAUCAUCUCGAGCUGGGCAUCGACAUUGUCAGCGAGGAUCAGAAGACCGUCGUCCAUCACAAGGUGGCUGCCAAGGUGGAACAUGCCGGUUUUGCCAACCCCUCCAGCAACGUGAUGGAGAUGAAUUUUGGUGAUCUCGAUCCUGCAAGAACGCGCCAGUCUCGGACCCUCCCAAGGCGUAACGGGAGAAUCGGAGGCGCCGGCGGUAUCGCAGGCCCCCAGAUGAACGGCGCACCUGGUCGUGGGCCCUUCAUGUUGUCGUCGGUCACCUCAGACCACAUCAUCAAGCGUCUUCACCACAUGAUGAACGGCAACGGGCUGCCCUUCCGAGCCGACUCUAAGGCGAGAUUCUCGGAUCCUCCCGCUCCGCCGCCACAGCAGCCACUGCCCGAGAAGCCCGAUGUCCCCUCUCUGAAACGGGCCGCCACUGAACGACCCAAGUCGCACCCGACCAACUCGUCGCCCGUGCGUCCCGACAACAUGAGCCAAAUCAUCCAACUGACCGAGGCGCUCAACAACGCGAAGAAGGAAAUCGACACGCAGACUACCAGGAUGAAGGACUUGGAAGAAAUGUUGCAGAGGGAGCGUGAAGCGCGCGAACUGGCUGAAGACCUCGCGAGGAGACUAGAGGACACGGCCAUCACCAAAGAAGCGAACGGCGUGUCUAACGAGGGUGGAUCAGAUCUGUUGGAGGAAGCGUUCGAGCCACCGCGCGAAGGUGCCGAGCCUGUCGACGUCGAUAUGCCCGACGCCGACGCCGUUGCCGAUGCUGAUGCUGACGACCAAUCCGACGUCAAUCAACCGGAUGCAGCGCCGGUCGAUAAGGUGGAAGAGGUCACCGUCCAGCUCCAGACCAAGAUUGAUUCUAUGAUGUCGGAUAUGAACGACUUGAAGCAGCAGAUGGAGGCGUGGAAGCAGCGUUGCGAAAAGGCCGAAGCCGAGAGAGAUACGGAUCGCCAAACCCUAGCCGAAAUGGUUGUCAAGCUCCGUAAGGAAGAGGAGGCGCGACAAGCUGCCGAACUCGCCAAGAGCCGGUCGCCCUCGAAGGGACGUGGUCGCAGCAGCAGCCGAGCAUCACGAGAACAGUCCGAGGGACCUCUCGAGCAGGCAAACGGCGUGAGCAAAUCCCAUGUCGAGGACCCCACCGACAGGCCCACACUCUCGAGGGCGAACACAAUCACGCCGCUCACAGCGUCGACUGGAGCCCUGAUGCACAAACGAGCAUUGGUCGACGGAGUGCCAUACACCUCGAUGCUUGGCGUAGUGCUAAUAGGCGUGGGCCUCAUGGCAUAUAUCAACGGCUGGCAGCCGCCCCCACGGCCCGCCCACUAA